UUUAAGCCACAAAAGUUCCAAGUUCAUCUAAUCAGCGCAGUGUAAUUUAAUAAAAUAUAAUGAAUGCUUUAUAAAAUGUGAAGAGUAAAUAUUCGUAACAGAAAAAUAACCAACUAAAAUAUGGCAUUUUUAUGCCCGGUGCGCAUGCGGCGCGAUAAAAAGAAAGCCACAAAUGCUAAUAUUGAACGCGAUUUGCCAAUACCAGGUGUUGGCCUCGGCCGCAUCACCGGCUCGUCUAGCAUAGAAACACUGGUUCGCGUUGGCAUCGAAAAGGAACAUGGUCUGAGUCCAGACUCAAAAAUGGUGGUUCUGCACGACUUCACCCCAUGUGUAGACGACGAACUCGAGGUAAAGCGUGGACAAAUAGUCAACAUUUUGUAUCGUGAAAAUGAUUGGGUCUAUGUAAUUGGUCAAGAUACGCGACAGGAAGGAUUCAUACCAUAUUCGUACUGUGCACCAUACAACACACAAUUGGCUGAUCUCGCUAUAAAGAAAAAGCUGCCACGCGACCAAAACGUCAAUGUGCAGGAACAUAAUCAGGAGAAUAUGCCACUUUUAAGUGCAGAAAGCAAAAUCGAAUUGAUUGACGAUGUAGGUGCGGGCGGUAAUGGUAUCGUCAAUGGGAGUAACGGUGCUGGUGGUGGCGGUUGUAGUGGAUCUGGUACUAACACAACGCCAAUUGGUGCUUCCUUGAAGAAUUCCGAAGUAAAUCUGAUUCUCGAACCGGAGUGCACUCCGUUUCACAAAGAGCCAAGUGGUCGUUAUAUAGUGCUUUACACAUUUAUAGCACGCGACGAAAAUGAUUUGUCUGUCGAGCGUGGUGAAUUCGUUACGGUUUUAAACCGUGAAGAUCCCGACUGGUUUUGGAUUGUACGCAGCGAUGGUCAGGAGGGUUUUAUACCUUCUGCAUUUGUUUUUCCAGCUGAAAGUGUGCUGCAAACACAGCAAAAGAUUUUGAAUGCAUGCGGCGCAGCGCAGGACGCUGGUGUAGGUGUGGUGAGUGCAGGAGGAGCUACCAACAAUGGUGUACACAAAUCCCAAACACAAUUGAAUUUGGAGCUUACAGCUGCCAACCUCAACGGCAAUUUGAAUUCAUUGGGUCAAACACUCACAACACCAGUUGCUCAAUUGGAUGCAACGUGCAUUAACAGCUUGCAACAGCAACAACAAAAUGCAGCACAACACCAGCAGCAACAGCAGAUGGGUAGUAUUGGGGCAGACGAUCUGCGCUAUCAUGGCACCGAGUUGGUUAUGCUAUAUGAUUAUAAGGCUCAAGCUCCAGACGAUUUGAAUGUGCGUCGAGGCGACUGGAUUUAUGCGGAUUUGAAUAAUCAAACGGUCGAUGGCUGGCUGUGGGCAUAUGCGCCGAAAACACGCAAAUAUGGUUUCAUACCGAAGGCUUACGCACGACCGCCCGCUAUGACUAGCCUUUAAAUACCGUUAUAUGUACAACUGUGCCACUUACAAGUGAGGCUGGGUUGAUAACCAUCCAAGAACUGCAAUUUCAGCUGCAUGCCACAAACUUGUUGAGGAAUGUAUUAUGCUACUACAGCAACUAGCACUUAAGUUGAACAAUUUUAAUGAAAAAAAAAUCCUUUGCAACGACUUGCCUGAAAAUAUAUGCCUUAAAAAUUAACAACUUUUCAUAAACUAAUUAAGGAAAAAUAUAUUACACUUUGCGUGC